GGUGCCAGUGUUUGGGCUGGGGGAAGGUGGAGUUGGACUGAGGAGUUUAGAACAAUCGUGUCCCUCAUCGUUGGUUGUUGGGGACGUCAAAUUACUGAUCCUCGAAAAUUUGCUUUUCUAAGUAACAAAAGAAGAAAUUGCUAAACCAGGCUGACUGUUCCACUUAAGUCAAUAAGGAUCUGUGGAUCACAACGUACAAGUCUGCCUUUGAAGUUUCGACACUAAGUGUCACUACCUCCUGAGCCAGGAGGCCUGAGUUCAAGUCCUGUCUGCUGCAGAGGAGGAAACAGACCUGGACGAUUUAGGAGCUGACAGACAUUCAGUUUCUUACCUCUUGCAUGGAGAGCAUUCUGACUCUGACUGACAUGAGGGUCUGACUGACAUUGCCAAGCCCCUGGACUAUUAUUGGAGGCUGCCCUUGAUGUGGUAGUGGCACAGAAAUAACUCCACAGAGACUGGUAUUGUGGGGACUGCAUGCAGUCCGCCAUGUUUUGAAAAAGUGAGUCCAUGUGAUGAAGCAGUGUGAAUGGCAUAAAGUCAGAAGGGUCAAACCUCGGCAGCAAAUGAUAUAAGGUGAUACAUUCCCUUUUUAAAAAAUGGAAAAUCAAAUGUUUGAAUCAAAUGAAGAGCGUACGUUUCAAUACCAGGACUCAUUACCUUCACUACCUGUACCCACUCUUGAGGAAUCUUUGAUGAAAUAUUUAGAAGCAGUGAAGCCAUUUUUGCAUGAAGAAGAACUGGAAAGAAGCACAGCAAUUGUUAAAACAUUUGGACAAGGAAUUGGUAAGCAGCUGCAUCAAAAACUUCUGGAGAGGGCCAAAGUUAGGAGAAACUGGCUUGAGGACUGGUGGCUGAUCAGUGCCUACCUGGAUGUCCGCAUGCCAUCAAUGUUGAAUGUAAACUUUGGAGGUCCUGCACCCUAUUUAGAACAUUAUUGGCCACCAAAAGAAGGCACUCAGCUUGAACGAACUGCCAUUGCUGUCUUCUACAUGCUGCAAUUUUGGAAACUACUUCGGAAACAGCGCUUGGCUGUACACAAAACUGGUAGUGUGCCUUUAGACAUGGACCAGUUUCGUAUGUUAUAUUGUACCUGCAAAAUACCUGGAGUAACCAGAGAUUCUCUUGUCAGCUACUUUAAGACAGAAGCUGAAGGACCAUGCCCCUCCCAUUUAGUGGUUCUUUGUCGCGGACGAGUAUUUACCUUUGACACUGAGUAUGAGCAUCACAUCUUAACACCACCAGAACUUCUCAGACAACUGACAUACAUCAGGAAAAGAUGUAACAAUGAACCUGAAGGACCAGGUGUGUCAGCAUUAACUGCUGAAGAAAGAACGCGUUGGGCAAAGAUAAGGGAAUAUCUAGUGAGUUUGGAUCAGAAGAAUCUGACUAUACUGGAGAAAAUUCAGAGUUCCUUGUUCAUGCUCUCACUGGAUGAUGCCAGUCCCCCUGCAUCACCUGAAGAUUAUUCUCAAAUAUGUUUAUCAGCACUAACUGGAAAUCCAACUGUACGAUGGGGUGACAAGUCGUACAAUUGCCUCAGUUUCUCCAAUGGAACUUUUGGUUCAAACUGUGAUCAUUCUCCUUAUGAUGCCAUGGUAAUGGUUUCCAUGUGCUAUUACAUCGAUCAGACUAUCAAGUCAGUGGAAGGCAAAUGGAAGGGAUCAACAGCAGUUCGUGACCUCGCAUGGCCAGAGGAGCUGGUUUUUGUAUUGGAUCAGAAGGUUCUGAAUGACAUAGAUCAAGCUAAGCAGCAGUAUUACAAGCAGGCAUCAGAUGUCCAAAUUGUCAGUUAUGCCUUCACUGCAUUUGGAAAAUCUCUGAUUAAAAAGAAAAAGCUUCACCCAGACAUAUUUGUACAACUUGCACUUCAGUUAGCCUAUUACAAGUUCCAUGGACGACCUGGCAGCUGUUAUGAGACUGCAACAACUAGACGGUUUUAUCAUGGCCGAACAGAGACAAUGAGACCAUGCACUGUUGAGGCUGUAGAAUGGUGUAGAGCAAUGCUGGACCCAGCAGUUUCUAAUAUGAAACGUCAACAAUUGAUGAUGAAAUCUUUCGCAAAACAUCACAAACUAAUGACUGACUGUCAGAAUGGUAGAGGCUUUGACCGACACCUCCUGGGUCUGAUGCUUAUAGCUACAGAGGAAGGUCUUCCUGUGCCGGAGCUCUAUUUAGAUGCUGCCUUUACUAAAAGUGGUGGCGGAGGAAACUUUGUUCUUUCAACCAGCCUUGUUGGAUAUACUACCGUCCUAGGUGCUGUCCUUCCUAUGGUCCACAACGGCUAUGGAUUUUUCUACCGUAUCCGGGAUGACAGGAUUGUAGUUGCUUGUUCUGCUUGGAAGUCGUGUCCAGAGACUGAUGCAGAAGAACUGUACAAAGGACUAGUUCAGUCCUUUCAUGAAAUGAUCAUGUUGACAACAGUGGCCCAGCUUUAAGCGCUGCCGAAAAGGAAAGUGUGCUGCUAAAAAUUGUAAAUUCCUAAUUCUUUACAUAUUUGCAUUAAUAUAGUUAUAAAUAACGCAUGAUCAUCCAUGAGGUCUGCGCUACAAAAUUUACUUGAAGUAAUAAUGUUUUUUUCUCAAAUUACUACUUUGCAAUAUCAAUGCAACAUUUUUGAAACUAUGCACAAUACAAUGCAAAAAAUGCAGACAAAUAACUGAAAGAAAAGAUAGAAUAAUUAUGAUUUUCACAUCUUGUUUUUAGAAUUAACUUUUGUGUGGAAAAGGAGAAAAAGCCACAAUAUUGAUUAAUUCGAAUUAACUUUUCACUGAACUAGUCUGUCUGUUUCAGAGUAACAUUUUUUGUAUCUAGGAUUCUGAUAGUAGGAAUCAAACUCUUAUUGUUUAGAGAUUCGAAAAUAAUCUUUAAAAUAUGUAAAUAUGAUUUUAGGAUUUAUUUAGUAUAUUUAAUGUGUGAAGUGAGAACAUCAAUGUUGGACUAAUCUGUGAAUUGUUCUAUUAUGUUGUACAAUUUGGGUGUCUUUUACUUAAUUCUGUAUUAUGUAUUGGAUAGUUGCCAAGGUGGAGCACUGGCAACAAGUAAAGCUGACCACAGUAAUUGGUGCCCAUUUGAAAGAGACAGUUUAUCACUCACAACAGAUUGAAAUGUAUCUAGGGUCUGCAUGGUUAUUCGUAGCCUUUUGGCACAAGGUAAACAUGUAACAAACAGAAUUAGCCAAAUAAUUCUUAAUGCAUACUAGUCACAUGAUGUUUUUUGUCAGGAGAACAAAAUUAAAGUAGAAAAAUUUACAGCCUCGUUGAAAAAUUCUUCUAAUUCAUGAUAAUUCAAGUGCUAAUUGUGUUAUUUGGUGAUUUAUUUGUUGAGCGUUGCUUUAUUUGCUCAAGUUGUCGCCGUUUUGACAUUUUUUGAAGUUAAUCCAUGUUUUAACUUGCUGUCUACCUCUUACCUCACGACGAAUAUUGUCCCUUGGAAAUGGAGAGAUUUUUUUUUAAACAAAAUUGCAAACAUUGAGAGCUAUACAUACUGAAGAUGACCUUGUUGCAUCUAAUGUUAAUUGAAACACUCUUGAGCAAUGUAUUCAGCUUCCUAGAUGUCCUGUCCUUCACUAUUCUGACAUGUAGCUACAGAACUAAAAAUUUUCAAACCUGAAGUCUAGCUGCUAACUUUGGUAUGUAAUCUUUUCCAAGAUUUUCCUUCAAGUUAUUUUUAAUCAACCUCCCUAGGUGUCUCAUUUGCCUGGAUGAGUGCAAUUUCAACAACGUUCAAAGCAUCUCAGCUCCAUCCAGGCAAAGCAGGCCACUUGAUUGGCCUAUUCUAACACAUUAUGCAUUCAUUCCCUCCACCAGCAACACACAGUGGCAGCAACAUGUACCACCCCCAAAGAGCAUGUGGGACUUGAACCAAGGCCUCCUGGCUCAGAGAUGGGACACUACCACUGCGCUACGAGAGUCCUUUAGCCUUUCCUGCAUCAUUGGCUGCCCUUGCAUAAUUUUCUGCAUACUGUGCAAUAUGUCCUUUUCCUACCACUUAGGAGAUAACAGAGCACCUGAGAUACCUCUGAGUAAAGUCAUCUAGUUCCCUGCAGUCUGUUUAUCUUUUAGCUUGUAUUUGGAAAUUAGCUCUGUUCACUUUCUCUUUGAUUUAACCCAAAUCAAUGCUUCAUUCAUUUGAUUUGGCUUCCCUCUUUCCUUCCCUUAUUCCUUUAUGCUAGUUUUUUUUUUUUUUGCGUAUUUAUCUCAAUGCAUUUGGAAUAUUGUGAGCAGUUUUGGGCCCUGUAAUCUAUGAAAGGAUGUGCUGGCAUUGGAAGGGGUCAAGAGGAGGUUUGCAGCAAUGAUCACGGGGAUGAAGAACCUGUCAUAUGAGGAGCAGUUGAGGAUUCUGGGUCAGUACUUGGUAGAAUUUAGAAGGAUGAAGGGGGGGGAUGUCAUUGAAACUUGCAGAAUACUGAGAGGCCUGGAUAGAGUGGAGAAGAUGUUUUCACGAGUAGGAGAGAUUAGAACCCAAGGGCAUAAUCUCAGACUGAAAGGAUGACCCUUUAGAAUCGAGAUGAGGAGGAAUUUCUUCAGCCAGAAGGAGGUGAAUCUUUAAUAAUAGGGGAUUUGCACUGAUAUUUCUUAUAGAGGCCAUGUUGAUUUGCAUAAAAGUAUUGCUUGUUUUAGAAAAUACAAUGGAUCUCCCACAGAAAUGGUCAGAUUUGUGAACAUAACUGUUACCCAAGAUGGGAAUGGGUGUUUACCAAACAGUAACUGUUGUACAAGAUUGCAAUAUGGAAUAAAUGGACAAGAUAGGAGUGUUUUGGUAAGGAAGCAUAUGUUGAGUUUAGACUUGCAGCAAAUAAUAGAUAGGAUAAGUCAGUGAAUAAUGAUUAAUGGAGACAAAAGUACAAUUGGCUUCACUACUAAAGAGCAACACUCUUCACAGAAAAUUCAUUUUCAUGUUCCCCUCCAAGUCUCACACUAUCUCACUUGGAACUCUAUUGCUGUUCUUUCACUGUCAGUGAGUCAAAAUCCUGAAGCGUUCUCCGUAACAGCACUGUGGGCAUAUACACAGCAAGGUCUGGGCAGUUCGAGAUUGCACCUCAACACCACCUUCCUGAAGGCAUUUGAGGACGGACAAUAGAGUCUGCCUUACUAGCAGUAUUUGCAUCCCAACAACAAUUUUCAAAAAAAUGCUUGUACCAAGAUAGUGAUGCAAAGAAUUUGUGAAAAUGUUUACUUUUUAUCAGCAUGUGAUGAUUCUGUUUUUUUUUGUCUAACUCGUACAUCACUUCAUGGUUUAGCAGCUUGAUUUGAAAGACUUACAAGACCACAUCAGCCAGCUGAUUAUGUAUAUAGAUUUGUUCACAGUUAACCUUCUUCAAGUGAUUUAGAAAUUGUUAUAAUAAACUACGACAUUGUGGCA